AUGGCUGAGCCUCCAGAACCAGUGCACUUCCAGGGGGACCAAGCAUCAGCAGAAGCAGCGGCACUCGGCUCUGAGCCGGGUGAGUCCACAGAGGUGGAGUGUCCCAUCUGCUACCACGAGUACAACCAGUGUGGCAAGUGUCCUCGCAUGCUGGAAUGCCUCCACGUCUUCUGCACCGAGUGCCUCCAGAGAAUCCAGCUGUUCCCGUAUCCAGCUGAACCCGCGGACCCCCAGAGCCCUCGCAGCACUGCCAUUUUCUGCCCCCUCUGCCGCCACCCCACCCUGCUGGAGACCGGCGACCCCCUCACCCUGCCCUGCAACUCCCGCAUCCUGGCUCAACUGCCCCCCAUGGCUUUCUGCACACCCGUGUCGAUGGCUGCCCACUUGGCCACCGUCACCCAGAGGGUGGUCCUCUCCCUGGAUACCAGCAGGGACGCCCGCUUCAUCAUCCUGCCCACAGUGAGCCUAAGGGUGGAGCAGAUGCACCCAAGCGAUAGGCCCCAUGGUGGAGGUGUGGGCCUGGUGGGUGAGGUGGAGGUGCUGCAGCACCACAGGAGGACCCUGGCCGUGGUGUUCUGGGUGUUGUUUGUGAUGACCUGCGUGGUGGGACUGGUGUUUGGGCCCAGGUUUUUCCGCAACUGA